CGUCACGUGAGGUGGUACGUUUCGCGCAGCGUAGUGCGACUUUUUGGCGGCGGGUGUGAUUUUUUUGUUUCGAUCUUCCCUCGCGCGUUUAAACCUACUGCGCGGUGAGUGCCAGUGACGCAUCGGCGAUCGGAUUCCCGACAUCGUAGAUUCGCGAGGGAGAAGGAGAGAUGUGACGGAUUCGACGGCGACCUUGGCGAGUGACGAUGGAUCCUGACGCAACGGAACAGGCGUCAGGGAGAGGACAGAGCAGACUGCAGGAUCGCGUGGAUUAAGUGCCAGCGGCCAGGAUGGCGCGGUGGGGAUGGACGUUGCUGAUCCUGACGACCGUCUGGACGCUGGGCGACGGUUACCUGGCGGUGCUGCCGUCCAGCACGCCCGUCGGCGCCGUCGUCUUCGAGGCCGGGGUGCCGCAGCUGGGCGGUCGGCGGAAGUACGAGGCUUCGAGCGAACGCACCGCCUGGUUCGCCCGGAAGCUCCUCAAAGUGCAUCCGCACUCGGGUCGCGUGACCCUGGCGAGGACGCUGAGCUGCGACGGACUCCAGUACCCGCGCGUCUUCACCUUUUACGUCGACUCGACGAGCUCCCGCCUCGGUAGGCCCACCAUCGACUACUACAGCCUGCCGCUGAGGAUCCUGAUCACCGGAUGCGGCGGAGAAAAUCGCGACCUGGCAGCUACCAGAGGCUGGAUGGCGGAGACUCUGGCCUCUUACGCGAUGCCCAGCACCGAAAGGUUUACUGAAGUGUGUCUGCGAACGUCUCAACUAGUGGCAGCUCUUCGCGAUUUCCUACCACAGACGGCCCUGAAGGAAUGCGAGACCAGAUGGGGUGGAGUUGCGGAUCCCAGAUUUCUCGUGGAGGGCGCCGCUGGAGAUUUGGUCUCCGCCACCGAACAAUGCUUGGUGGAUCCAUUAUGGAAAGUCUCGGUCAGCAUGAACCUACGUUGCUCCGGUGAUUCGCGUCUGACCGACGCCGAGCAUCGGCUGAAGAUUGUGUUCCAUCAUCGUCAACUAGACGACACCGAUCUGGGUAGAAGAGUGAGGCGUGAGUUGAAAAACCAGUCGCCGUACUUCGAGCAACCUCUCUAUGUAGCUGCCGUUGAAGAGGAGAAAGAAAAGGGGGUGUACGUGACUACAGUAAGAGCUAGAGAUCCUGAAAACGGCGCCGUGCGAUAUUCCAUGAACUCGCUGAUUGAUGCGAGAUCGCAAGCGCUGUUAGCUCUCGAUUCAGUGACUGGAAGAGUGACCACUCAUGACAGACUGGACAGAGAGAACGUCGACGUGCACUACUUCCGAGUAUUAGCAGUGGAUGAUUCGUUUCCACCGAGAACCGGUACGACGACUCUCCAGGUCAAUGUAUUGGAUGCGAACGAUCAUACGCCCAGUUUUGAGUGGUCAGAAUAUGACGCGACGGUGCGAGAGGGUGUCCCCGUGGGCUCCACUGUGGUUACAGUUAAAGCUACGGAUCAGGAUACCGGUAGAAAUGCCGAAGUGGAGUAUUGUAUCAUUUCUACCACGGCAGGUGAUACUACUACGCAUACGGAGGACGCGGCAACUUUCAGAAUCGAUUCAAGAUCUGGUGUGGUAACCACGCGGACUCCGCUCGAUCGCGAGGUGAUCGAAGUUUAUACAGUGGUGCUCAGCGUUACCGAUCAAGCAACACCACCUUCAACGCGACGAAGCACGAACGCAACUCUGAUGGUGCGCGUGCUAGAUGACAACGACAACUAUCCACAGUUCACUGAACGCACGUACUCGGCGUCGGUAUCCGAGGAUUUGGACUACACGAGUAAUCCGGUGGUGGCUCGUAUCCGGGCGACGGACGCGGAUGCCGGCGCUAAUGCGGCUGUCCGCUAUGCCAUCAUCGGCGGCAACACGCAAAACACAUUCUCCAUCGACUCGAUGAGCGGUGACGUCGCUUUGGUCAAGCCUCUCGACUACGAAUCCAUCAGGAACUAUAAAAUCGUCAUACGCGCCCAGGACGGCGGUUCACCCGCUCGAUCCAACACCACUCAGUUGUUGGUGAUGGUCAAAGAUGUGAACGAUAACGCACCGCGAUUCUACACAAGCCACUUUCAAGAAUCAGUGUCAGAAAACGUGCCGUUAGGUUACUCGGUACUGAGAGUGCAAGCGUAUGACGCGGACGAGAGUAACAACGCACUUAUCAAAUAUAACAUUGGUGCACGCGACUUCACUGGUGCCUCCACAGAAAACUUUCCCAUCACUGUGAACGCAGAGACUGGAUGGAUCUACACGACGAAGCAAUUGGACCGCGAACAGUGCUCGAGAUACCAAUUUAUCGUAAUCGCGAUGGACUCUGGCGAGGAACCAAAGUCCGCGAGUGCGACGGUGAUUCUCACGGUGACUGAUGUGAACGAUAACGAUCCUUACUUCGAGCCGAAGAACUACGAGGCUGUAAUAUCCGAAGACGAUCCACCGGGCACUCCGGUCGCCUCAGUGACUGCUACUGAUCCGGACGAGGAUGCCAGGAUCCACUACGAGAUUACGGGCGGUAACACGCGCGGACGUUUCUCCAUCGCGUCGCAAAACGGUCGCGGUCUCAUCACCGUCGCUCAGCCGCUCGACUACAAGCAAGAAAAGCGAUUCGUGCUGACGGUGACAGCUUCAGACAGCGGCGGCCGCACCGACACCGCCCUGGUCUAUGUCAACGUAUCGGACGCCAACAACUUCUCACCAGUGUUCGAGAAUGCGCCAUACUCGGUCUCGGUUUUCGAAGAUGCACCGGUCGGUGUGACUGUCCUGGUGGUCAGUGCCACUGAUUCUGAUGUUGGCAAGAAUGCCCAGAUCACUUACAGCCUAGCCACUGAUAAUGGAGAACAGACGAUCAACGAGUUCACUAUCAAUCCGCAGACUGGAGCGAUCACGACGACUAAAGCGCUCGAUCGCGAACUAAUACCAUCGUACUUGUUGACAGUAACUGCUAGAGACGGCGGGAUACCGCCGUUGUCGGAUACCACCGAUGUGGAGAUUUCUGUUACGGACGUGAAUGAUAAUGCGCCAGUCUUCGAGGCGCCGCAGUAUCUCGGAUCAAUUCCUGAAGAUGUUUUAGUGGGCACUAGUGUAGUCAGGAUUGCGGCGACCGAUGCGGAUACUGAUCUCAAUGGCCGGGUAAGAUAUGCUUUAGAGGACGACGGCGACGGCGCAUUCGCAAUUGAUUCUAUGACAGGUAUCGUUAGAACCGCAAAACCGUUGGAUCGAGAAUCGGUUGCGCGUUAUACGCUAAAAGCCGCUGCCAUAGAUCGCGGUUCACCCGCGCUUUCAUCCGUCGUUCCGGUCAUCGUCAAGAUCGAGGACAUCAAUGAUUCGCCCCCCGCCUUCGAAAGUGACAAAAUCAUCCUUUAUAUCGCUGAGAACUCGCCAAUCGGCUCGACCGUCGGCGAAAUUUAUGCUCAUGAUCCGGACGAGGGUCAAAAUGCAGUAGUGCAUUAUAGUAUCAUCGGGGGCGAAGACAUAAACAGUUUUACCUUGCAUAUCCGACAGGGAGCCGAUCGGGCAGAACUUAUUACUCUCGAAGAAUUGGAUUAUGAAUCGCCGAAGAAGAAAUUCGAACUUAUAGUGCGCGCUGCAUCGUCGCCGUUGCGCUCCGAUGCGCUGGUGCACAUUUUAGUGACUGACGUAAACGAUAAUGCGCCGGUGCUCAAGGAUUUCCAGAUCAUCUUCAACAACUUCAAGGAUUUCUUCCCGACCGCACCGAUUGGCCGUAUACCGGCGGUGGAUGCCGACGUCACUGACAAUCUAGUCUACAGCAUCCUCGCCGGUAACAAUGCAAAUCUGAUCGAUCUCAAUAAAACCACCGGCGAGAUUAGAUUAUCGCCACAGCUCAACACCAACGUUCCACGAGUGGCGACCAUGGAAGUCGCCGUGACGGAUGGCAUCAACGAAGCGAAAGCCACGAUGACAUUAUCGGUGCGUUUGAUCACCGAUGAGAUGCUGUUGAACUCGAUUACAGUGAGAUUGGACGAUAUGACGGUGGAAGCGUUUCUGAGUCCUCUUCUGGGUUAUUUCCUGGAUGGUCUGGCAGCUAUUAUUCCGUGUCCGCGCGAAAACAUCUUUCUCUUCAGCAUUCAAGAAGAUGCAAACGUGCACGCCAAGAUCUUGAACGUGAGUUUUUCGGCGCGCAGAGUAGAGCCCGGUACAAUCGAUGAGUUUUACAGUCCGCAGUUUCUUCAAGAACGCGUCUAUCUAAAUCGCGGUAUCUUAGCGAGAUUGGCGACAGUCACAGUUUUACCCUUCGACGACAAUCUUUGCGUUAGAGAGCCUUGUCUAAAUUUCGAAGAGUGCCUGACAGUAUUAAAAUUCGGCAACGCGUCCGGUUUUGCCAGCAGCGAUACAGUUCUCUUUCGACCCAUCUAUCCAGUAACAACGUUUGCUUGCCGAUGUGGCCGAGGUUUCACCGGCAGCCGUGAAGCAUAUAUGUGCGACACCGAGGUGAACUUGUGUUAUUCAAAUCCAUGCAUGAACGGUGGCACUUGUUAUAGACGAGAAAAUGGAUACUCGUGCAUCUGCCAGCCUGGCUUUACCGGCGAGAACUGCGAGAUCUCGCUAGACCACGACGUUUGCUCGACGCCUGGUAUUUGUAAGGACGGCUCUCGAUGCACUACUCUUAAGAAUACCGGCGGUUUCAUCUGCGAGGAUUGCCCCAUAGCCGCGCUCGAAAACGUGACACCAUUUUGCGAGCUUAGAGCGCGCAGCUUUGGUCCGGCAACGUUUCUCACCUUCGCUUCUCUCAGACAACGUCAUCGCCUCCAUCUGAGACUAAAGUUUGCCACCGAGCUGACCGACGGUCUCUUACUCUACAACGGCAGGUACAACGAACGUCAUGACUUCAUCGCUCUGGAGAUCGUGGAUUCGAAAGUGCAAUUUAGCUUCUCUCUCGGUGAUGAGGUAAGCCGGGCUACGGCGGGCAUUCUCGGUGGAGUCUCAGAUGGACAAUGGCACGAGGUCGAGGUCUCCUACAUCAAUCGAACAGUGACAGUGUCCCUGGAUGACUGCGACAUCGCACUCGCUCUGGAACACGGCGAGAGGCUGGGACCGAGAUGGAACUGCGCCGGCAGGAGCGAAAGAAUUCUCGAGGAACGCUGUGGACUCGUUACCGAGACCUGUCACAGAUUCCUGGAUUUAACCGGACCGUUGCAACUUGGCGGUCUACCGGCGAUCCCUUCCAACUUUCAAAUUCGCAACAAGGACUACGUCGGAUGUAUCAGUGAUCUCUACAUCGAUCAUACUUUCGUCAACUUGAACUCCUUCGUGGCAGACAAUGGAACCCAUGCGGGUUGUCCUGAGAAGGCCGCCUUUUGUGCCUCAUCUCCCUGCAGAAAUAAUGGAAAAUGUCGCGAAGUAUGGGCAGGUUUUCUUUGCGAAUGCGAAGACGCGUUCGCCGGUCCAACCUGCGACGAAGAGGUCGGUCAACCAUGGAUGUUUCAUGGGCAUGGUAUGCUCAGUUUCAACCCGUUGCUGCGACCAAUUCAGUUACCUUGGCUAACCGCACUGAGUCUUCGAACUCGAGAGCAGCACGCGUUCGUGAUGAGCGUCCAAAUCGGCCAGAACAGCUCAGUGCUACUAGAGAUUCGAGAUGGCAAGCUGGUGGUCUCAUUAGACGGCACGGAUGUAAUUGGUACUACUAAUUACGUCGCCGACGGCGAAUGGCAUCGACUGGAAAUCCUCUGGCAGAGCGGCCACGUGUCUUUAGACAUCGACUACCGCGAUCGGCCAACAACACUGCUCCUACCCGCCAAGCUCCAAGGCCUUUACGUCGGUCGAAUACUCGUAGGCGGCCCAGACCAGACUAUCGACUCGCAAUUGAAACCUUUAUACGGUUGCUUGCAGAACAUACGAGUUGGAUCGAACCAGAGUCUACUCCAUCGCCCGACAGUGAAGGAGAACAUCAGCAUCGGUUGCCCAUCGAAAUCCAAAUGCGAAAUCAAUUGCGAUCCAGACACUACAACCUGCCUAUCCCGAUGGCAAUCCAGCGAAUGCGUAUGCUCCGCUGGUUACGUUGGGCCCAAGUGCGAGCCCGUGUGCGACCUACAUCCGUGCAAGCAAACUGGCGAAUGUUUGAAGGACGUAACUACGUCGAAGCGUGGUUAUCGUUGCGAUUGUACGUCAUCAGAGUACACAGGCAAUUAUUGUGAUAUCAAAGCCGAUCAACCCUGUCCAGCAACGUGGUGGGGCACGCCAGUAUGCGGUCCCUGCCACUGCGACGAGACUAAAGGCUACGAUCCGGCCUGCAACAAGACCACCGGCGAAUGUUACUGCAAAGAGAACCAUUAUCAGCCGACUGGGCGCAAGGAAUGCAUACCUUGCGAAUGUUACGCGACCGGCAGCUUCGGGCCACGUUGCGACAGCGAAACCGGUCAAUGUCGCUGCCGAACCGGAGUCAUCGGUCGGGCGUGCACCGACUGUCCGAAUCCUUAUGCCGAGGUAACUCUGAGGGGUUGCGAGGUAGUGUACGACGGUUGUCCUAAAUCGUAUUCGGAUGGUCUGUGGUGGUCACGGACUCUCUUCGGAAUGACAGCCAUUGAGAAUUGUCCGGGCACCGCCGAGGGCAAGGCCUCAAGAUCCUGUGACGACAAAUUGGGCGGUUGGCAAUUGCCUGAUCUCUUCAAUUGCACCUCGGAGGCUUUUAUUGAGCAACGACAUCAGCUCGCAGCCCUGGAGACCAAGGAUCUUACAUUGAACACUUACGUGGCUGUGAAGAUGGCAAAGGAUGUUCAUCGAGCAGUGAAUAUCACUAGAGAGAUGUACGGAGCGGACCUUUUGGUAGCCGAAUCCUUGUUGGUGACGUUGCUACGUUACGAAGAAAGCCUGGUGGGGUUGAAUUUGACUCACAGCCAGGAUAAAGAUUAUGUUUCUCACCUGAUUGGCAUAGCUGGAGCGAUCUUGAGAUCCAAGUAUAAGGAGAAAUGGGAAAAGAUAGGAGAACUCAACGGAGACAGUUCCGAUAAGAUUCUGAACGCUAUGGCGAAUUAUUUGAAGACUCUGACGGCAUCGCAACAUGAUACUUUUACCAGUCCCUUUGAAGUAGUCGAUAGUAACGUUGUGCUCGGUCUAGACAUCGUAACAUCAGAGAGUCUCUUUGGCUACGAGACGGCCGAAUACAAGGAAGAUCCUACCUUAUCAACGGCAAGACCUUCAGAAGCCGACCGGAAGGUCAUUCUUCCUGAUACCUCUGCUUUUCUUAGUUCUUCGACGCACUUUGGUCCGUCUAUCAGCUUUCCAAAGUACAAUAAUUAUAUGGCAGAUCCCAGCAGAUUCGACCCGCAUUCGAAAAUCCAAGUGCCUCUCAACACGCUGGGCAUUAAACCUCUCGUGCAGGGCGAGCUGAAUGUCAAAAAUAGCCUAAGUAAUCGAAAGGCCGUACUGAGUUAUGUACAGUACAAGGAACUCGGCGCUCUCUUGCCACAAAGAUUCGACGAUUCAGUCGCAGUUAGAUGGGGUGUAGAAGUAGCAGUUGGCUCGCCUGUAAUGACCAUCUCAGUAUUGGUUCCUUCAGACAACGGUUAUGAAUCCUUGACUGGAAUCCCUUUGCAGUCACCUGUUCAAGUUCGACUUUGGCUCAACGAGAACGAUGAUUUUAAAACUAGAACGAAUCCACAGUGUGUUCAUUGGAGCACGGCGAGGGGAAUCGGCGAAUGGAGUCGAAUGGGCUGCACAACGGAAAUCGAGGAUAAUACUCUGUCAUUCGGUACCAUCGUGAAUUGUUCCUGCUUGCAAUUGUCCACCUUCGCUAUACUAACGGACGUUCUCGAUCUGGAAUACGUUCCCGAACCAUCCCUACUGGAAGAUGUGACCAGCUACAGCGCGUUUAUGCUCGCUCUACCGCUAUUAUUGUCCGCUCUCCUGAUCUUAGCAUUAAUUCGCGGUGGAGGCACCAACUCUAAUAGUAUCCACAAGAACCUAGUAUUGUGCGUUUUCGUCGCGGAAAUCCUAUACCUGAUCGCACUUAAAGCCAGGGGUCCUCUCAUUUCUAAUGAGUUUACGUGCAAAUUGACGGCGAUAGGACUGCAUUACGCUUGGUUGAGCACUUUCGCUUGGACCCUCGUUGAUUCUGUUCAUCUCUAUCGGAUGUUGACAGAGAUGAGGGAUGUGAAUCACGGACAGAUGAGAUUUUAUUAUACCAUGGGAUACGGUCUACCGGCUGUUAUUGUUGGACUCACCAUCGGUGUCAGGGCUGAUCAAUAUGGAAAUUUCUAUUUUUGUUGGCUAUCUAUCUACGAGACCGUGAUCUGGUCACUAAUAGGACCUGUCUGUGCAGCUGUGUUGGUGAACUUCUGCAUUCUCGUGAUGUGUAUUCGCGCAGCUUUUACUUUGAAGGAACACAUCAUGGGUUUCGGAAAUUUGCGAACGCUUUUAUGGCUCUCCGUGGCAUCGUUACCCUUGUUAGGAUCAACAUGGACCUUGGCGGUUCUCAAUGCAUCCGAGAACUCACCGACUCUAUCAUACUUGCUAAGUGUUACCAUCGUGAUUCACGCAGCAUUCAGCCUGAUCGGUUAUUGCUUCAUCAAUGGCAGAGUGAGAAGAAAUUUGUAUCAAAGUUUAUUAAGAUGUAUGGGCAAAAAGACACCUUUGCUGGAAGGAAGCAUGGGUAAUGGAAGUAGCAGUCAAAAUGUGAAUGGUCAAUCGCGUUCGGCAUUAGCUUACUCUUCGACCUAUAGCGGAGCCGAAUCCGCAUGCAGGAGAGUUCACGUCGGCGUAUCCACGAGCAGCACAACUUCAAGAAGUACAAAUAAAACGGGUUCAAGCCCUUAUCGUAGCGAUACACACUUGAGACAUACGUCAACAUCCACAAGCAACUACAACAGCGAUCGAGAUCCAUAUCUAUCAUCCAGGAGUCAUCGGUCAGUGUUACACUCUCGACAAGAAUCUACAGAGGUGAGAAGUCAGCGCAGAGAAUCGGAAUCAGAUUCCGAUGGCUCGCAAGCCGAAGGAGGCGGAAGAAGCCUGGAUCUCGCCAGUUCGCACAGUUCCGAUGAAGACGACGUGACGUCGAGGUCUCACAGGAACAUGGGAGUAUCUACACAGCAGCAUGUUGCCCACAGCUACCUACCUAACAUUCACACUAAUCCCGCCGAACACUUGAACAUACUUUGCUCGAAUGCCGAGUUGUUUCCCAACAUCAAACCCAUCUACGCCCCUCGAUGGAGCUCUCAACUGCCGGAAGCAUAUUUAUCAUCAAAUGUGAUGGAUGUGCGUGGCAGUCAAUGGUCCGGCGGCACCAUGUCGGAUAACGAGAUGGCUUCGAACAAGACCUCGAGUCCGAAUCCACUGCCGUAUCCAGAGAUGAGCUCGCCUCAGAAGAGCCAGCCGGACGAAAAUUAUUCAGAAGGCGAGGAGAAGGUGCACCAUCUGGGUGAGAAGUACUUGUUCCCGUACACCGCUGAGGAGGAUCACACGGUGUCACCUACACCAUAUAUGCUGUCCAUGUCAUCGCGCAUCUUGGCGUCCAGCAUGAGCCACCAUUCGCAAAAUUCGAAUCACGAGAACUUAAGUGGUUCCGAGCAACGCUAUGGUAGUUUGAAGCGAGGUCAGAGUCUUCAUGGCUCGCAGCACGAUAAUCUCAGCGGUUCUGAAAGAUACGGCAGUCUGAAACGUGGCAAGAUGGGUACCCCAACGGUGCUGGGAGACACACCCGAAUACAUCUUGCCGAUGAGCGGGAGAAUAUUGUCAAGCUCGUUGACCCAUGAUCUGCAACACAGUAAUGAGCUAGCGGCACUCAGGCAGCAGCAGCAGCAGCAGCAAUAUGAGCAGACCAUCACAGAGACCGAGAAGGAUACUAAUGCGGAAACGUCCGUUUGAUAGGUCCGUACCACACAAACGAGAACAACGUACAAAGUAAUUUAGCUUACGCCUAGCUUAAGUGUCCACAGCGCGCAAUAAAGACUCGAACGAUCGUCGAUAUAUAUAUAUUUUAAAAAAAGCAGCCAUGACUUAUAUAAUUAGCCAUAUUAAUUAGCGUAUAUUUGCGAGUGCUCGUUCAUAUAUCGCAUACGGAUGGGUUGGCCGCAGUAAUCUAUCGGAGAGAUAAAUGUCGCAUGUUGGAGUAUCUUUCAAUGAUUUGACAGCAAACGAUGCGAUGUCGUUCAUAUAAUUAUUUGUUUAAUGGAUGUCAUUAAAAAUGAAUAUUAUCGACAAUUAUCGUUUGCAUCAUUGGAAAAUAUCGAUGUGACGUCUAUUCAUGGUUACGCAAUUGAAGGAUUCGGUGCAAAACUAUGCAAGAGGUAGUAAAAGUUGAUAAUUUCUAAAUUUUUAUUUUAGUUACAAUCUCGUGUAACUAAAAGUAACUUAAAACUUUGUGUUUAAGAAAACACAUCGCGAGUUACACUCAAUUAUGGCUUACCUCGUGCGUGCAGCGAAUGCGUUCAAUUAUUCCGAUCGAUCCGAUAUAAAAAAUUUUGGCGCUUAUUGUUUACUUUGUAUUAAGAAGCGACUUGGUGAUUUACGAAUCUUUGAUUUUUCUCGGCGAACGAUCUAAUUGCUAUUAAUCGGCAAUGACGUUUGGAGAAAGAUACGGAGAACGAAAAUGAUCUCUAAUCAAUCAUUAUACUCGUUAGUAUCAUUCUAUCUUUUCUCGAAUUCGGUAUUGUGCAAUGUACACAUUCCACUGCCUCUAUCCUCUCUUUCAUAUACAUGUGCGUAUGUAUAAUUUUAGGUUCUACAUUUGCGUCCAUUUUCCUUUUUUUAUAUAGAAGUUUACAAUUUUUCUCUCUUUAUUUUACAUGCCAUGAAGAAGAAGAAGAAGGAGAAAAAACAUAGUGUAAGUCGAAGCAUGUCAAUUGUGCAGCGCAGUUUUUUUCAUACUUUUGUAUAUAUAUACUCAUAUAAGACAAAGAGGAAAACGAACUGUGACAAAAUACAUAAUUUAUAUACCCUUCA